AUGCAGCGCCCCCAACUCGUGGAAGCCCCGCUGCAGGCGUCCCGAGCGGCAACUUGCGUGUUGAGCGAUCAGGGAAGCUUGCAAAAAUCUUUCCAUGAAGAGCGAUGCGCAGCAGUCACCAAAAUCAUGUGUGAAAUCCUUCUCAAGGAACAGCCAGCCUACCAGGACUGUUUGGGCAGCGUGGCGGCCUUCAUCCUGGAGCGAGAGGUGUCCGGCAGCCAGGGCCCCUGCAAAGAGACUUACGAGCUGGUGGCCCUGGGGACAGGAGACGGUUGCUCCAACGGCUGGAUGGAAUUCGAUGGCCGGAAAGUCCACGACUUGCAUGGGCUGGUGGUGGCUCGCCGAGCGCUGAUGAGAUACUUUUACAAGCAGCUCCUGCUGUGCUGUAGCCAGGAUCCGGCCGCAUUGGAACAGAGCAUCUUUUGCCAGGUGGAAGAUGGGGAACACCUAAGAUUGAAGCCCCGGUGCUACCUGCACCUGUACCUGAGCCAAAUGCCACAUGGAGCAGUGAGAAAACUCGACCCCCCUUUAUUGAAGCCCAACCCUUCGGUCGAUCUGCACCUCAGUGUCAAAGGGCAGCUGAAGCCUGUCUCGGAUUGCAGCCCCACCAUGUUGUCCGCCUACAUCUACUGUGCCUCUGGCAGCGACAAACUGACCCGCUGGACUGUCCUGGGGGUCCAAGGGGCCCUGCUCAGCCACUUCCUUCAUCCCGUGUACAUUACCAGCAUCGUCCUAGCUGACCCUUAUCACAACCACGACAUUCUCUGUCGGGUCCUCAACGAGCGUGUGCAGCUAGGACCGGAGGAUGGCUUGCCCGAACCGUAUGGUCACAAGAAGAUCUACCUCUUCGAAGGCCCCCCCACAGCCCCUCUCAGCUCCCCGUCAGAAGGCGGCUCGCUGAGUCUGAACUGGUGCACAGGAGACGAGAUGCUGGAAUGUGUGAACGGAGCUGUCGGGAAGGCCGUAAGGGACAUUGCAGAUCCAGGAAGCAAGUCCCGACCUAGCCGGCUGUGUAAGGCUGCCAUGUUGAAAUCCUUCAGGAAGGUGGCCCAGGGGAUGAAGAGGGAGGACCUGAUGUUGCUAUCCAUGUAUCAUGAAGCCAAGGUUCAAGCCACAACUUAUCAGAGUGCAAAGCUCCAACUAUACACCCACCUAAAUGUUCGGGAUUUGAGCAAGUGGCCUCAAAAGCAGCUGGUGGACACUUUUUGCAGAUAGACUGGCCUGGGCAGCUGAAGAUCUCUCCAGCCAAUGGAUAGGAGCAAGUUCCAGCAAGAUCCUGUUUUCGAUUUCGUUCCCUAAAUUAUGGGAUUGUUGGUGUUAGUAAGUUUCAACCCAAGACUUGUAAAACUAGCUGGUUUCAACAAA